UCGGCCAUAUUGGAUUGUUGACAUUAGAGAAGAGUGUCAAAUUAGAACGUCAACGCGUUAAAUCGUGAUUUCAAAGAUAAUUAAGUUGCUAUCGUCACCUGAAGAAGAUGCCUUCAUCAGCAGAUCAAAUCCUUCAAGGAUUCAAGUUAAACUGGAUGAAUCUCCGGGAUGGAGACAGUGGGAAAAUCCUCUGGCAAUCUUCUGAUGAUUUAUCCAAACCUGAUGCAGAACAUGAAGCUCGUGUACCAAAGAAGAUUUUAAAGUGUAAAGCAGUGUCCAGGGAGAUCAACUUCUCAUCACACGAAGCAAUGGAAUCCUUUAAACUGGAGCAGAAAGUCUUGUUCAAGGGCAAAUGUCUAGAAGAGUGGUACUUUGAGUUUGGCUUUGUCAUUCCUGGAUCCACCAACACAUGGCAGUCGAUCAUAGAGGCUGCCCCGGAGAACCAGAUGAUGCCAGCAAGUAGUCUCAAUGGAAAUGUGAUGAUCGAGACUAAAUUCUUCGAUGGUGACCUACUAGUCAGUACAUCUAAAGUGAGAAUAUUCUACGUCUAAUAGCUGUGUGAAGGACUGACUUAUCAUUCUCCCUUACUUCAACAAGAGAUCCUCUGUCAUUCCAUGGCAUAAUCUAGGACACUGUUUUAGCCAUACACAAGAGAGUUUAGGAACGGGUACUGUGUUAUGGCUUAAUGUUCUCAACAUCACUUGAAUGGAUUUUAUGGUUACGUAGGAUCACAUGGGUGAGCGUGAACAAGGUCACCUUGUGUGAGUCUGGACAUACUCAUUUCCAGCUUAACACCGUAAGAUAUAUCAGUUCUUGGGCUGUCGACUUCAAGUGAUGUUGAGCUGUUAAGAUGUUGAGGUGGUAUCUAGUUCAAGCUGUUUGCUUGUGGUAGGUACUGAACAGUGAAAACGAAUUUAAAUGUUGAGUACAUUUGUGAUAGAAUGAGCGAAUAUUUAAACAAACGUCUGUAAGUAAAUGAUUGAGGUAGCAGAAUUAUUUGAGUGGGAAAAGCAGAGAGAGAGAAAGUAUAUAUGACAGACGAAUUUAUGGAUAGAAAUAAAUUGUACUAUAUAUUGUUUCAAUUAUAUAUCUAUCAUAAUGAUGUAUAUUUAUAAUUAUUUUUUAUUGCCUGUUUUGACUCCGUUUUAUCAAUAGAUUUAAUACUGGAUACAAUUUAUACAUUAUUAAUUUUGUUUGACACUUCAUUAAUAUCAGGUUAUUGGAUAUCGGUCUAGUUUAGGUUUAUUGACGUUGAUUCUUUUCAUUGUUGUUGUUUAUGACAAAGUAAACAUAGAUAUCAAAGUUUUCACUUUAUAAACAAACAAUGGAUGUAUUAAACGUGUUGCAAUGUUUCAAGACUGAGUACUGGUCCCUUUGGCUUUGUUAAGUUAUGACUGAGUGAGCAAUUUGUAUUGUUUACCUGUACAACACAAAAGUAAACACAGAUGAUUAGUGAAAUGAAACUUUCACAUUUCGUUAAUGAGCUUAUAAAAGAAAAUUAUCUGAGCUGAAAAUUGAUUUUUUUUCAAAUAGGAGCUUUUUGAUUAUGAUUGAGUUCAAUUUAAUGGCCUUACAACACAUAUAACUAAACUGAUAUGUGCAAUACUUGUUGAAUAAUUUCAUAGAAAUUGUAUUUACAACAGAAAAUAUUUCUUUUACAAAAAGCAGAUCCACAAAAUUAUAAGUAAUUGUACAAGCUAAAAACGUUCAACUUUAGAUCAUCCCUUUACCACUGCACUGCUUUUUUUCCUGUAUACAAUAACCUCCCCUUAACUUCCGUUUGGAUAUAACUAGCACAGUUGGGCUUGUACACUUCCGUUGACCAGCUAGAAGCUCAAUCCAUUUCAGUGAUGGUAUAUAAUAAUAAUAAUAGAGGUUCUUAUAUACCGCUUUGUUACAACCUAGUUCGUAGGUCAUCU